CAAUUACACUUUUCCUUCUUUAAUCAACUGUUGAAGGGAAUUUAAGGUUAAAAAAUCAUAGAGUGAUAAAAAAAGAAAGUUGUUUUAAGGAUGUCGGCGGACGAAAGAAACAUUGUCAAAGUUUUUCGAGCUUGGAAAACUGCUCAUCAGCUUGUUCACGAUAGAGGAUAUGGUGUAUCUCAAGCAGAACUUGAUCUCACAUUGGACCAGUUCAAAGCAAUGCAUUGUGGUAUGGGCCGCAACUUAGAUCGUUCUACUUUGAGUUUUUAUGCCAAGCCUCCAGCUGGUUCUGACAAAGGCACCAUUUAUGUUGAAUUUUCAAAAGAACCAUCGGUUGGUAUUAAGGAGAUGCGUUCUUUCGUCCAUACGUUAGGGGAUCACAAUCACAAGACUGGCAUUUUAAUUUACGCCAAUUCCAUGACACCAAGCGCAGCUAAGAUUAUAUCAACUGUUACGGGCCAAUUUAGUAUUGAAACAUUCCAAGAAAGUGAUUUAAUUGUUAACAUUACCCAUCACGAGCUCGUACCAAAGCACAUUUUACUUACUCCGGAAGAGAAGAAAGAGCUUUUGGAUCGUUAUAAGCUCAGAGAGACUCAGCUUCCUCGUAUUCAAUUAGCUGAUCCCGUGGCAAGAUACCUUGGUUUGAAGCGUGGUCAAGUUGUUAAAAUUGUACGAAAAAGUGAAACAAGUGGAAGAUAUAACAGUUACCGUAUUUGUGCUUAAACAAAAGAUUGGAUGUUUUUCAGAUUUCUAUCAUCUCUAUUUUGCUAGUUGUGCAUAACGUUCUGUUUAAAGGAAGAGAUUUUUGAAGCAAAUUAUGAUACACCUCCUUCGUAAUUAGGAAAAAGGAAAUAUCGAUAGUAGAUCGAUUACACGUGUACUUCUUCACAAGAAAGGGAUUAUUAUCAAGUUUUGAUCGUUAGAAACGGGGGAUAUAUAUAAGUUGUUAACCGCUUAAAUCACUCGAUUAGGAAGCACUAUAUGUAUUCCCUCUUUUAACUUCGUCUUUAUGAGGUUCAAAUUUUAAUAAAAGGUAAAUGGGUUAUAUUUGAUCAAUCUAUCAAUUCAUAAAGUAAGCACGUAAAUUAAGUGCACUUAUAUUAUAUUAUGAUCAUGAA